AUGAUGCGGCAUUCUUUGAGAUCGCUUAUGACAGUCAGAAGCAAUUUUGUGUUUUGCAUUAUUUCUCUUCUUGCUUUCAUCCAGCUCACGAGAAUACUCGUUUAUUCACCACAAAACGAAAAAGACUACUUGCACAGUGAAAAUUACGAAAAUGAGAGUUUCGUGAUUCCUAUUUUGCUUUAUGGACCGAAUAAUCAAAUAGAAGGCUUACGUGAGGCUUUAUUUAUCGCAGAAACAAUCAAGAAAAAGCUCAUCCUGCCUGCAUUUUUCGAUCACUACACAGCCGACACUUCUAGAGGUUUACUCAGUCCAGAUGACGUUAUCGAUACUUUCGCACUAGAAAGACAUUUCCAUGUUGUUCAUGCUGGGCACAAAUUGAGCGACUUGUGCGAUGGAAAAUUGGAAGUAGUUGUUGAUUUUUCUGCCGGUGACUUCCCGAAAUACAGGAAGAAAAGUUUGGACUGGCUCGGGAUUUCGGAUGAUCAAAUUAAGAAGGCGAGGAGGUUCACGUUCACGUCAAAAAACUUGAGCCUACCGAAAUUUGCGCAGGCUGUGCGUCAAAGUAUUUCACGCUUCAGCAACGCAAAGUGCAUUAUUCUCGAAAAUCCUUUUUACCUAAUCAACUGGAAAGAGUUUUCUCAAGAUGUUAACCAAAUUAAUUCGAGCGAAUACGAACUUGGGAAAGAAAUUGUCAGUGCGACCAGUCGGCCGCUGAAGCUAAAACAAAGUGCCGUUGACAUAUUGAAAGGGAUGAGAAUAGACAAAUUUGGUGCACUUCACUGGAGAUACGACGCGAAGGAUUUCAUGAAAGUCCGAAAGGAUUACGAAAAGGUCAUUCAGAAAAUUCGGGAGAUUCGCGUUAAUCCCCAGCUUUUCUGUCAGUCUCUGAAGGAGCAUCUAAAAUCGGCAGAAAUUCGCGUCCUGAUAAUAUUCACGCCGCCUUCUGAUGAAGAAUUCGCAAGCGUUCUAAAAGACUCUUCAUCCUCUGAAAGUGUACACCGACGAGGAUAUCAUCAAAUUUAUUAA